UGGCUGUCUACAUAAAACCCCCAGGUUCCUGGGAACAGCAGUCACUGAUUUGCAGCCUGAGCUUUGCUUUUAAACAUACAAAGAGAGCCUGGAUUACUGUUUAACAUGUUGCUGGCUGUGGCGAUUCUGUGUAGUGUAGUGCUAUGGACGCACUCCUACAACUCCACCGAUAUUCAGCCCCAGCCGGAUUUCAAUCUGGAACAGUUUACAGGUGAAUGGUAUCGUGUUGGCUGGGCUUAUGACCAUCCAUUAGUUAUUAAAAACAGAAACUCCUUUCCAAUCUCAAGAGGCUAUCUGAUCGCUAAUGAAAAUGGAGGCGCCAACCUUACCAUGUGGACAAUGAAUCGCGAAAAGACUUGCAAUGAAGAUUCUUUUGUGUAUGACAAGACGGAGACUCCUGGAACUUUUUCUUAUUUCAGUUCAAGGCACAAGAUUGAAAAGGACAUUACAGUGGUGGAGACUAACUACACUGACUACGGGGUCGUCCUGAAAUACAAGAAUAUGAACAAAGAAUACACUCAGCUGGCUCUCUAUGGCCGAAAGCCAGAAGUCAGGCCAGAGGUGGUUGAAAAUUUCAGAUCGUUUGCCUUGUCUAUGGGGUUUCCCGAAGAAGCCAUCAUUACACCAACCAUUUUGGACCCAUGUCCUCUUCCACAGCCAAGUAAUGUGACAGAACUGCUGCGCUAGAAGAGUCAAUGUUCAUCAUUUCUUGGCUCACCGGUCCAGCUGAUCUGAAGUAGUUGAAAUAGAACUGUUAUCCAGAAGUUAUCCAGAUGUUAUCCACUUUGCUAAAGAAAAAUUCUGUGCAACAUUGUUGGUGCUUGUCAUUAUUUUCUAAUCAUGUGUAUUCCUCUUAUGUACAGUAAAUACUCAGUAAUAACAGACUGAAUCAGUUAUAUACUGCUGAUUCU